UUAUUAUGUUUUUAGCUAUCGUAUCUAAUUAGUGAUUUAAAAUGGUCGGGAAAAGUAACAAACUUUAUGUUCUCAAGAGGGAUGGCAGAAUGGAGGAAGUACACAUAGAUAAAAUUACAUCCAGGAUAAAGAAGCUGUGUUAUGGAUUGAAUAUGGAUUUUGUAGACCCUGUGGGGAUCACCCUUAAAGUGAUAAAUGGUAUAUACUCUGGUGUAACAACAGUGGAGCUUGACAAUCUAGCUGCUGAGACUGCAGCCACCAUGACAAUAGACCAUCCUGAUUAUGCUGUACUCGCUGCUCGACUAGCAAUCUCUAAUUUACAAAAGGAAACAAAAAAACAUUUCUCAGAUGUUAUGUCAGAUUUAUACAAUUUAGUCAAUCCAUACACCAAAAAGAGGACUCCAAUGUUAUCUGAAUUUCACUACAAUGUUAUCAUGAACAAUAAGGAAAGGCUAGAUUCGGCUAUAGUGUAUGAUAGAGAUUUUAAGUACAACUACUUUGGGUUUAAGACCUUGGAACGGUCAUAUUUACUGAAAAUCAAUGGAAAGGUUGCAGAGAGGCCUCAGCAUAUGCUCAUGAGAGUUUCUAUUGGUAUCCAUGGAGAGGACAUAGACGCUGCCAUUAACACCUACAAUCUGCUCUCAGAAAAGUAUUUCACUCAUGCCAGCCCAACACUCUUCUCGGCCGCCACACCCAGACCACAACUGUCCUCGUGCUUCCUACUGGCCAUGAGAGAGGACAGCAUAGAAGGAAUCUACGAUACUCUUAAACAAUGUGCUCUCAUUUCAAAAUCUGCUGGAGGUAUAGGUUUACAUGUACACUGCAUUAGAGCUAAAGGCACAAGUAUCGCAGGGACCAAUGGAGUCUCCAAUGGCCUGGUCCCAAUGCUAAGAGUUUACAACAACACAGCGAGAUAUGUAGACCAAGGUGGAAACAAGAGACCCGGGGCCUUCGCUGUGUACCUGGAACCGUGGCAUGCAGAUAUAUUUGAGUUCCUGGAUUUAAGAAAGAACACUGGCAAAGAGGAGGUCCGUGCGAGGGAAUUAUUCUACGCCCUGUGGAUUCCAGACUUAUUCAUGAAAAGGGUUGAAAAGAAUGAAAACUGGAGUUUGAUGUGCCCCCAUAACUGUCCCGGUUUAGCUGACUGCUGGGGAGAGGAGUUUGAAGCUUUGUAUGAGAAAUAUGAGAAGGAGAAUAGGUAUGUUAGGCAAGUUAGGGCACAAAUAUUAUGGAAAGCCAUAAUUGAAGCACAAGUAGAAACGGGAACACCAUACAUGUUAUACAAAGACUCCUGUAAUAGAAAAAGUAAUCAAAAAAAUUUAGGCACAAUCAAGUGUAGCAAUCUUUGUACAGAAAUUGUUGAAUACACUUCCCAAGAUGAGGUAGCUGUAUGUAAUUUAGCAUCUGUAGCUUUGAACAUGUUCGUCAAUGACGACAAAACAUAUAACUUUGAAAAGUUAAAGGAGAUAACCAAAGUAAUUACACAAAACUUAAACAAAAUCAUUGAUGCUAACUACUACCCUGUACCUGAAGCUAAAAAUUCUAAUAUGAGGCACCGUCCUAUUGGUAUUGGUGUUCAAGGCUUGGCAGAUACUUUUGUAUUGAUGAGACUGCCAUAUGAGAGUGAGAAGGCGAUGCUAUUGAAUCAACAAAUUUUUGAGACCAUUUACUAUGGGGCUCUGGAGGCCAGUUGCGAACUCGCAGAAAAGGAUGGUGUGUACAGCUCCUACGAAGGAAGCCCCGCCAGCCAGGGCAUACUUCAAUACGACAUGUGGGAUAAAACACCCACAGAUCUUUGGAACUGGGCUGAACUUAAAGAAAAAAUUGCAAAGCAUGGGCUUCGUAAUUCUCUCCUGUUAGCUCCAAUGCCAACAGCCUCAACUGCACAAAUCCUCGGCAACAAUGAAUCAUUUGAGCCAUUCACAUCUAACAUAUACCAAAGAAGAGUUCUAUCUGGAGAAUUUCAAGUAGUCAAUCAUCACUUGCUGAGAGAUUUGACCCAGGCUGAUCUUUGGGAUGAUGACAUGAAGAAUCAAAUUAUACACAAUAAUGGCUCCAUUCAAAACAUUGAGAAAAUACCUAAGGAAAUAAGAGAUAUGUACAAAACUGUCUGGGAGGUGUCUGUUAAGACUACUAUACAGAUGGCAGCCGACAGAGGUGCCUUCAUUGACCAGAGUCAGUCGUUUAACAUCCAUGUGGCCGAACCAAACUAUGGAAAGCUUACAUCUAUUCACUUCUACGCUUGGAAGAUUGGACUUAAAACUGGAAUGUACUACUUGAGAACAAAGCCUGCCGCUAAUGCAAUUCAGUUUACUGUAGACAAGUCAAAACUUCAAGUCACGAAUGGCAAGGCUGAAAAAGAUGAAGCUAAUUUGUCAAUGAUCCAAUGUUCUUUGCUAAACAAAGACGAGUGCCUAAGUUGUGGUUCAUAAAUAAACUUAGAUCUGUAAUUUUCAGCAUGAUUAUAUAGUUAUAAUAUUUACAGAAAACUAUCGAUUAUGGAAAUAAAUGUAAGCAUGUCAGUAA